CCACUCCUCCAUGAUUAAUGCCUGUCAGACAGACAAGGACGCAGAGGCACAGGGGUCCUGUCGUCACAGCUAGCUCAUUCCCGCAGCUCCCCCAGCUCCCCCAGCUCCCCAGCUGGCCCCCGGGUCUGGGUGCUGGGGGAACUGAGCCAAGACCAUUGCCCCCACCUAGGUUGGGAGGCUAUGUGUGACUGGAAGGAUGUCCUGCCGGGUGGCGAGAAGCAGAGAAUCGGCAUGGCCCGCAUGUUCUACCACAGGCCCAAGUACGCCCUCCUGGAUGAAUGCACCAGUGCUGUGAGCAUCGACGUGGAAGGCAAGAUCUUCCAGGCGGCCAAGGACACAGGCAUUGCCCUGCUCUCCAUCACCAACUGGCCCUCCCUGUGGGAGUACCACACACACUUGCUACAGUUCGAUGGGGAGGGUGGCUGGAAGUUCGAGAAGCUGGACUCGGCUGCCCGCCUGAGCUUGACAGAGGAGAAGCAGCGGCUGGAGCAGCAGCUGGCGGGCAUUCCCAAGAUGCAGCGGCACCUCCAGGAGCUCUGCCAAAUCCUGGGCGAGGCCGUGGCCCCAGCGCACGUACCGGCACCUAGCCCGCAAGGCCCUGGUGGCCUCCAGGGUGCCUCCACCUGACGCCACCAUCCCCAGCCCCUGCCCCGCCCCCAAGCUCGAAUCACAUGAAGGAGACAGCAGCACCCACCUGCGCACACACCCCUGCCCUGCAUGCCUGGCCCCUCAUCCUAGAAGACCCUUCCCGACCUCGGGAAAGUAGAUGUGGAGGGUGGCGCCCUGCGUAACCCUCGCCCUGUCCCUCCCACUCCCUGGGGGGGCUGUUCCACAGUGACUGGGCCCUGUCCAGGGCAGUGAGUCCUCUACUUUGCUCCAUGGAGGAAGCUGGGGUACAAGGGGCCCAGUGCUGGCCACACAGCAGCGCAGCCGAGCCCCAGGAGCCCCUCAGGCCACAGCCCCUGGCGCUGCAGGUGGCCUCCCUCCUCGUCAGUCUCUCAAAGACCCCACGGUCCAUCCCCUAAGGGUGGCCAGCCAAGGCUCCCAUCCCAUGCGAUGCCAUAAAAGCAGCCCAGUGGUACCCACGGUCACACAGAGCACCUCACCUGCAUCCUCUCCCCCACAAGAGCCCCGAAGAUCCCACGGGAGAGGGACGCACAGCACUGCCUGCGGAGCGAGAAUGUAGUCCCCGCCCCCUCAGCCCCUCACCUUCUCUUUCUACAGCCUAAUUUAUUGGAUUCCCUAUUCGUAGCCAUCUCUGUGGCCAAUGUGACUACCCUGCCAGCAGCGGGGGCAGCCCAGCCUCUGAGUCCCCUGGGGCCCCUGCUCCCACCGGUGCCAAACCCAGCCCCUGUGGCUGUCACCCCGCCAGCCUACACUACCAGCCGCCACCUGGCCACACGGGCCUCUGCUUGCUAGCCGGGAGUGCGGACACCAUGUUCCCAGCUCAGUGCCAAACAGGGGUCACCAGGGGGAGCUGUCUGCAGAGCCAGCGCCUGCCCGAGAGAGACC